GGACUAGAAGAGCGUUGACUCAUGGUGGGGGCAAACACCCGUGCCGGAGUUUGGAGUUGCAUAUCCCCCUUUUACCUGGAUCCAAACUACUGCAAUUUUACCAUGAAUCAUCGAGCCCUUUUUAGAUCUUGCCAGCAAUCCGGCAGACUACUUUUGCUCAUGUCAAUUCCUGUACUCGCUUUCGCGCCGAAACUGCUUCUGACAUUCAAGACUGCCUUUUCUUUUCGUGGCUUGCCCGCCAUUUUUUUUAUCGCCCACAAACUCCUGAAAGUUUCAGGAUACGCGAAUGAAGCUUGAAGUGGAGAUAAGUGUUAAGCGAGGUCUGGAGAUUCUUUUUACACGAACGUCACAACAUCGGUGCUUGGAUGCUAUACAUAGGAUAUAACGCACGCGGUCUUAGCUAGGAUCUAAUUACCUUUCAGAAGAAUUCUGGUUCGGGGCACCAUGACGUCACAAAUCCUUCUAUCGUUCUUACUCCAUGUUUAUCUUGGAUCCAACUUUGUGACGUCACAAUACAUGCAACAACCAACAGUUAUUACGGUCUCACCACAAGGCGGAAUAGAAGGGCCACCGGGGCGAGAGUACGAAAUCAAGUGCCGGGCGAGUUGGUACCGGACACCUCCCGAGGUCGAAUGGACGUUCAACGGGCGUCGCAUCUUCGACGGGAACAAGUACGUCAUCGACAUCGAGCAGACACAAUUGGAAGAUGCGACCAUCAGUUCCCUGUUCAUACAGAACGCAAGGCCGAUGGACUCGGGGCGGUAUGGCUGCCGCAUGCAAGCACCGGCUUUCGGGCUAGCCAGCACCACGUUUAAGGUGUUUCCACAACCAGUACUUAUGCCUUCUCCUCAUCAAGUCAUUGAUCGUGACGCUAAUAUGACUCUACGAUGCCCAGCCAGGGGAAACUUUGGGGGAAACCUCUUCUGGAUUAAGGAUAAUAUAGUGAUCGGUGGACAAGCCGGGGUGUACGAUCCGAACAGAGACAGGAUACCUGACUACUGGGUCGUCGACAAUGAGAGGAUGGUAAUCAUCAACGCUAACAUCCAGAACGCAGGAGUUUACAGGUGCCAGUACCGGUAUUUCUUCCACGGCAGACACCAGAACGUCGCAGAGAUCAUCAACGUCAACUCUCCCGUCGAACUGGUAACUGCACCAUUAAUACGAUGGCAGGAGCUUCCCAACGGUGGUCCCCUUCGUCUAGAGUGUAAGGCCCGUGGUUUCCCACGACCAAGGAUCGCUUGGACCUACUCCAAUUUCACCUUCGAAAGCGGGGGUUACAUGGACAAGAAUGUGAGCAUUGUGACGAGUCCACAGUCCCAGACCAUUGUGACGUCAGUGCUCAGCGUGCGUCACAUGCCGGACAAGUUCAAUGUGGCCCGAUUUAACUGCUCCGGGCAGAACAGUGUGAGCAGGGCCAGUAAGCUUAUCAUGGUGGUGAAUAUGGGGACAUCGGGACAGGUUCCGAACAGAGGACCCAAUACGGGGACAUCCACCGGUGCUGCCUGCGUCGGGACCAGUUCAAGCUUGAUCCUUGUUGCCUUUGGAACGUCCUGCAUACUGAUUAAAUCGUUUUGGGAUACGAGAUGAGGAGCUAGCGAAACUGUUGAGAACUGCCCAUUUAUGCAACGUGUCCAAUGCGACACAUGACUUUUAUUCAUUUUCCAUCCAAGGAAUGAUGA